AUCUGUUUUACCAAGGCAGUGGAUUAUACUGUAACAACCCAAGUUGGGGUCAUUAAAGGUAGAAUUAAGAAUGUUACAAUAGACGAUUCGAUUAAAGAGGUUGGCGAGUUUUUAGGAAUUCCCUUUGCAGAACCUCCUGUAGGAAACUUGCGUUUCAAAAAGCCUGUGGCGGUUGCUCACUUUACAAAACCAUUCGAGGCCUUGCGAUAUGGAUUGCCAUGUCCCCAAUAUUUUCCAGGCGGUGGUGUUUACGAUUUUAAGAAAACUGGAGAGACAAGUGAAGAUUGCCUGGGUUUAAACAUCCAUACUCCUAAAAUUGGGGUAUCAGAAAUACCUCAAACCGGAAGUUCACAAACAUAUCCUGUGAUGAUCUUUAUACACGGCGGAGGGUUUGUUGUGGGACAAUCAUCCUCUUAUAGCGGAGACAUAUUAGCAGCUUAUGGCCAAGUUAUUGUUGUCACAAUCAACUAUAGAGUUGGACCUUUUGGAUUUUUAUCAACGGGAGAUGACCAGGCCCCAGGAAAUUAUGGUCUGUGGGAUCAACAUCUGGCUAUCCAAUGGGUGAAGAAUAAUAUUGCUAGUUUCGGCGGAGAUACAUCGCGUAUUACCAUAUUUGGAGAAUCAUCAGGAAGCGCUAGCGUAAUGUAUCAAACAUUAUUUGCAGGUAAUAAUGGAUUGUUUCAAAGAGCCAUAGCAAUAAGUGGUUCAGCAACAGCCAACUGGGCGAGUGUACCCAAAGAUUCUGGUCUGGAAUAUGCAAAGAAUUUAGCUAUUAAAUUCAACUGCUCUGUAACAAAGGAGACGGAAAGUGACGAAAUAUUAAAGUGUUUACGAUCUAUUGAUAAUGCAACGGAAAUUGCCACAACGGAGGUCAAUUCCGUUUGGGCGCCAACCCCAGAUAACGAUUUCAUCAGAGAAGACGUUAUUGCGUCAAUAAAGUGGCCGUCAGUUUCUACACCUAACUACCAGGAAUUUGAUCUGAUGCUUGGAACCAAUGGAUAUGAAGGUCAUUUCUUUCUACAUACAGCAUUUCCGUCAAUCUUGAGCACUAUGACAAAGGCGCCAAUCACAGAAUUAAGAGAACUUUUUAAGAACCUUGUUAAGAUUACCCUACCGGAAGUUUUCUCCCGAUCCUGGGAAGUUUUCCCCAAAUCCCUAGAAUCUAUGGACCAGGUUGUAGAUGCUGUAAUGUUUGCUUACAGCGCAUCGGAAAAUCCGAAUAAUCGGGACUAUAAGCUAAAACAGAUCUGUGAUUUCCUUACGGAUGUUCAGGUGUUUAUUCCAACAGUAGUCGAUGCCAGGAAUCACGCCUACAUGAAUAACAGAACUAAAACGUACCAUCCUUAG